AUGGACAUAUCAAGGUUUAUGGUCUAUAUGCAGCAGGUUGAAGAGGAGAAGCUGAGGAAAAAAACGAGUAUAGAAGAAAGAAAGCUAAGAGCAGGAAUGAGUCUGGGCAACAGAAAGAAUUCACAGAAUUUCAAGGCCAGACCAGCACAGUCCCAAGGUAGUAUGGCACAAGAAGGUAGUUGGGCUCUUGUAUGUGGUAGAAACCACGCCAGUAAGUGUCGUGAUGGCCAGUCAGGUUGUUUCAAGUGCGGGAAAGAGGGAAACUUCAUGAAAGAGUGUCCUAAGAAUAAGCAAAGUAGUGGAAAUUCGGGAAACAGAGUCCAAUCUUCAUCAGUUACUCCACCUGAGAGGGCUGCACCUAGAGGAGCCACUUUCGAUAUUGUCGGAGGGGCAAACUGCCUCUACACAAUCACUAGCCGCCAAGAUUAA